AUGGCAUCGUUUCAAACCCAAUACGCUGUCACCCAAAGGGUGUGUGCAUUGAACAAUCAUGGUGUUAAGAGUCUCAAUCUUGGCGAGAUGUCAAGUGCAUAUGGCUACUUUGCCGAGGCACUUGAAACUGUGAAGCAACUCAUUCAGUUCUCACAGCAACAGGCUGAAAUUUACGGUGAUCCCGUGGACUCAAAAGCAAGCUACUGUUUCUCUUACUCGCCUUCUGAGAGCAGGUCGCUUGAGGGAUACGUGAAGAGGCAGGAUGCCGUCUACAUUUGCGACCGGCCACUGACAGUAUCGCUUGUUGACCCGUGUUCUUCGAAGCAUUCUCAACCGAUCAGCUUUCUCUGUUCUCUCCUCCUGUUCAAUAUGGCGCUCCUACAUCACGCGCUUGGUCUACAUGAGGAAAGUCCGAUCGCUUUAGAGAAGGCAAAAAUAUUCUAUGAAAGAUGCCUUCUCAUAGCAAAAAGUGAAAACAACGCUGCUGCGCACAAUGAUAACUUGCUGGUAGUUGUUAGUGCCUUAAACAACAUGGCACAGUUGGCAAUGGAAGAUGGAAAUAUCCAGAUGGUACGACAUUAUCUCAACCAGCUUGGAAUUAUUUGUCGCCGCCACUCUUUCGCGAAUGACAGCGUCUUCUAUCAAAAUGAAUGGAAAAACAUUCUCUCCAAUGUCCUGUUGCGAGAUGGACUGUAUGCUGCACGAGCCGCAUGA